CUCAGACCGGAAGGAGUAGUUGGCUGCCUUCGUGUCAGUCAGGGCACCUUCUCUCAACUUAGAACCGCAGAGAAGAUGGCGGCGCUACGAAUCUCUGUGCUGUCGGGGGGUGGGAGAGCCCUCCUCAGCACGCCGAAAACCAUCAAGACCCGAGUGGCCAAAAUGUCCUUCGCCAGUUUGCCUCGAAGCAAGAAGGUUGCCCUGACGACAGUGGGCGUGGUCACAGCCGGCGGCGCGGGUCUCGCCCUGAUGCUGCACCAGUCAGUCAAAGCCUCCGACCUGGAGCUCCACCCCCCACAGUACCCCUGGAGCCACGCUGGACCCCUGUCCUCUCUGGACCAUGCUAGCAUUCGUCGUGGUUACCAGGUGUACAAGCAGGUGUGUUCGGCCUGCCACAGUAUGGAGUACCUGGCCUUCAGAAACCUGGUGGGAGUUUCGCACACAGAGGAAGAGGCCAAGACCAUCGCCGAGGAGGUCGAGGUGGUGGACGGCCCCGAUGAGAGUGGAGAGAUGUUCACCCGGCCGGGCAAGCUGUCGGACUACUUCCCGAAGCCCUACGCCAACCCCGAGGCCGCCCGCAACGCCAACAACGGGGCGCUGCCUCCAGAUCUCAGCUACAUCGUCAAUGCCAGACACGGAGGCGAGGACUACGUGUUCAGUUUGCUCACGGGAUACUGCGAACCCCCGGCCGGGGUGGAUGUGAGAGAGGGACUCUACUACAACCCGUACUUUGUCGGCCAGGCCAUCGGCAUGGCUCCGCCCAUCUACAACGAGGUGCUGGAGUACGACGACGGAACCCCUGCCACCAUGAGCCAGGUGGCUAAAGACGUGUGCACGUUCCUGCGGUGGGCCGCCGAGCCGGAGCACGACCAACGUAAACGCAUGGGACUGAAGCUGCUGAUGGGCGCCGUCAUCCUGGUCCCUCUGAUCUACUACAUGAAGAGACACCGGUGGUCCGUGCUGAAGAGCAGGAAAAUCGCCUACAGGCCUCCCAAGUAAAGGGGAAGCCGCUCACCCCGUACCUGGGCCUAAAACCUGCCGCGGAGGGCCGCGUUCAACGAGCCCACAACGCUCGCCUCGAGGCGACCACACGGACAAAAACCAAACACCACCUGACAAACACACUCGCCUUUCUAAGAGGAAGUAGAGAGACGAGAAUAUAUAAAUACAUGUUUAUGUCAAAAGAACCAAGGCCCGUUUUUAGUCGUUGGGGAGGUAGAAAAGCGAUUUUUGUGACAGAUUUCCCCCGAGAGUUGUGGUUUUCUUGAACGCCCCCUCCACAAAGGUUUGUUUUCAUCCGGCAGCGGUUCAGGUCCUGACAUCUCGUAUCAGACUCUUCGCAACGGCCGACCAAUAAGUCGCUCGGCCGCCGAGAAAUGGUUGCAUUAUAGUUUGUGCCACCUUGGGUGUGUAAGUCCAUUCCCCCCCCCCCCACACACACAAAGCCACUCGGCGGACACAACGCGACCUCUGAACCUCUGUUUUACUGUACAAAAUAAAUUAUCUUAAAGGAAA